CGUAUGACGUAUUUCCUGCAUUGUCUGCGACUGUCUGUUGCCAACCCGCUCAAGUUCGAAAAAACAUGUCGGGGAGAAAAGCACUUCGCAAAGAGUCAAACGUGACAUUUGAAGUCACCGUCGACGGUGGAGCUUAUGCUGACUCGACCGUCAUUAAGGACAACUCUAAACAAGGGCUGUUAGGAGAAGACGACGAUAGCGACCCACCGGUCGUCUUUCUCUGCGGGAGUUGCAAGUUGCCAGUCGGUGACUCGCUGUCUUGGGCUGGGAGUGAAGACGAACAAAGUCAAAUACUGCUCAAACGUGUCAGUGACAAUGUUUUGAUUGGUAAAGAAACUCACAUCUCCGGUACCCGUAAGAAGGAUCUAGGCUGCCUGAUAGUCCACCUGACCUGCUGUGGCUGCAGCUCUCUGCUAGGCCUGGUCUACAUCUCUACACCCAGGAAACUGGACUACAUCAGAUCCCUGUUCUGCCUCGAUGUGGCUGCCAUAGAGAGCUAUGUCCUGGGGUCUUCCAGUCAGCAGGUGGCAGCGGUGAGCCCCAAGCUGCAGCCGGUCACUCUGGAGUACAGACAGGCUGUAGAGAGACAACUGGAUGAGAUUAAGGCAGUGACUCUGUCUAUGGGGCAGAGGUUGUUGGUGCUGGAGGGUGACCAGCAGAGUAGAAGUCAGAUGUGAUGAUGCAUCGUGGCGGACCACACUACGUCAUGGGGGGGACCCGGUGAGGUCUCAUACACACAGGACUAAGGAACUCAACCCCCCCCACCCCCCCAUUUCUACCUCAAUCCCACUUUGCCCCCCCCGACGCUUCACCUUCUCACCCGUUACUCCUCUCCCGCCCUUUGUUAGUUCUGAAGGGGUACAAUCAGCCACAACCUGUUUGUUCCACAAGGAUUAAACACCUCUAGCACAUUAAAUGGCACCCUAUUCCCUAUAUAGUGCACUACUUUAGACCAGAGCCCUAUGGCACCCUAGUCCCUAUAUAGUGCACUACUUUAGACCAGAGCCCUAUUGGGUUAAUUAUUGAAAUAGGAUGCCAUUUGUGAUGAAGGCAUUGUUCCCUCCAAGUGGUUUAUGUCAUGUUGAGACUGUUCUGUGUGUUAGAACACAUAGUUUGGAUACUCUGAACUGUUCUGUGUGUUAGAACACAUAGAUUGGAUACUGUGAACUGUUCUGUGUGUUAGAACUCAUAGAUUGGAUACUCUGAACUGUUCUGUGUGUUAGAACUCAUAGUUUGGAUACUGUGAACUGUUCUCAUAGAUCAUGUGACUCUAAACAAAACAUUCAUAAGUCAAAACAUAUCCUGUUGUCUUAAAGAGAUGGUUCCAUUCUCUUUGUUUAUGAUGGAAUUAUAUUCAACAUGGCAGGUUCCAGGACACAGAGUUAAUCUAGUCCUGGAAUAAAAAGCAUUUUCUGUUAUUUUUUAGUACUGGACUAGGUUUAGUCUGUGUUCGAGAAACUGCCCCAAAAUGUUGAACCUAAUUCCAUCAUAAAUAGCUGGCUAACUCCUUGAUCCUGCUUUGUAGUAUUCCCCGCUAGCCUAGGCUUGUGUCUGGGGGAACCGGGCCUUCAUAUCCCCGCUAGGCUUGUGUCUGGUGAAACCAGGCCUUCAUAUCCCCCACUAGGCUUGUGUCUGGGGAAACCGGGCCUUCAUAUCCCCCCGCUGGACUAGGCUUGUGUCUGGGGAAACCGGGCCUUCAUAUCCCCCCGCUGGACUAGGCUUGUGUCUGGGGGAACCGGGCCUUCAUAUCCCCCCGCUGCACUAGGCUUGUGUCUGGGGGAACCAGGCCUUCAUAUCCCCCCGCUGCACUAGGCUUGUGUCUGGGGGAACCAGGCCUUCAUAUCCCCCCGCUGGACUAGGCUUGUGUCUGGGGGAACCAGGCCUUCAUAUCCCCCCGCUGCACUAGGCUUGUGUCUGGGGGAACCGGGCCUUCAUAUCCCCCCGCUGCACUAGGCUUGUGUCUGGGGGAACCAGGCCUUCAUAUCCCCCCGCUGGACUAGGCUUGUGUCUGGGGGAACCGGGCCUUCAUAUCCCCCCGCUGCACUAGGCUUGUGUCUGGGGGAACCAGGCCUUCAUAUCCCCCCGCUGCACUAGGCUUGUGUCUGGGGGAACCAGGCCUUCAUAUCCCCCACUAGGCUUGUGUCUGGGGGAACCAGGCCUUCAUAUCCCCCCGCUGGACUAGGCUUGUGUCUGGGGGAACCAGGCCUUCAUAUCCCCCCGCUGCACUAGGCUUGUGUCUGGGGGAACCAGGCCUUCAUAUCCCCCCGCUGCACUAGGCUUGUGUCUGGGGGAACCAGGCCUUCAUAUCCCCCCGCUGCACUAGGCUUGUGUCUGGGGGAACCGGGCCUUCAUAUCCCCCCGCUGCACUAGGCUUGUGUCUGGGGGAACCGGGCCUUCAUAUCCCCCCGCUGCACUAGGCUUGUGUCUGGGGGAACCGGGCCUUCAUAUCCCCCCGCUGCACUAGGCUUGUGUCUGGGGGAACCAGGCCUUCAUAUCCCCCCGCUGCACUAGGCUUGUGUCUGGGGGAACCAGGCCUUCAAUUCAGACAUCAUUCAAGCUAUGAUUUUACUAUUAUUUUCCACUUUUAUCAGUUAUUUGUUGUUCAAAUUGAUUUAUAUAAAUAAAUAAAGUUAUAUAAAACAUGA